AUUCGUGCAGACAGGUGAAUAAUCGUUCGUCCCAAAUUUCUUUUCUGGUGCGCGCAUGGGUAAUGUGUCCAUCCAUGGCCUUGGGACCAGGUGCCGUAACUGGAAGGAGAAAUAUGAACUCAUCUUCAAACUUGAUGAUUCUGUGGCGCAAAGAAACCUUUGCUAUAGAACCUCUUUAUUUUUGCUUCGAGGAAUUUCCUUUGAGUUGACUAUGCCUUUCUCUCAAUUGUUGUCUGUAUUUACAGUAUUAAGUCUCCAAGGGUUGUUAUUAUCGGGCGUGGGAAUAUCGCACACCUAUACACGGACGGAGUAUAAGGAGCUGAGCUAGAAUCGUCUUGACAGUCGCUCCA